AUCGUGCGCCGCAGUUCGAACGCUCCUGCCACAGCGAGUCAAGAGGAGAAAAGCUAGGAAAAUCGAAAAAAUCGAAAUCGAAAUCGAAAUCCAAAUCUCGUGCCUCUGUGUGCUCUUUCUGCAAUUGAUUUUUUUUCCCGAAAGUAGUGCUAAACAAUAACCGUUGACCAAACUAAAAACAAGUAACUGCAACUGGAAGCUACAAACAACUACAGCUAUUGGCCGAAUCGAGCGAAUCUCAUACCGAACGAAAAUACGACUGCGACGACGACGCCAGCGUUUAUUUAUUAACAAAAACGAUUACAUUACAACAAACACCAAAGUCCUGGACCACCGGAGAGUGUGUGAGCGAAAUAGAGAGCGAGGCAGAGAGGGAGAAAGUACAAGGAGGAGCGCGUAAGGGCGCGCGCGCAAGGAUUCCAGUUUCCAGAGAGAACUUAACAAAUUAAUUCACUUUGUUUGCUAGCCAAACAAGACAACAACAACCACCUCCCCCAAUCACACACACACUCGCUCUAUAAACUAAAACAAGUCGUGCCAACCAACUCAAACUCCUCGACUACCCCCGAUCCCACCACCCAGUGGACUUUAUGAUGGCAAAUACCGGAGCCGGCGGCGGAGUGGAAACACAGGCGCAACUCAUGCAGAGUGCAGCGGCAGCCGCUGCGGUGGCGGCAACAAAUGCGGCCACCUCCCCCGUACAGAAUGCGGCCGCCGUGGCCGCUGCUGCCCAACUGCAGCAGCAACAGGUGCAGCAGGCGAUCCUGCAGGUGCAGCAGCAGCAGACACAGCAGGCGGUGGCCGCGGCCGCUGCUGCCGUCAGCCAGCAGCUCCAACAGCAGCAGCAGGCUGUCGUGGCCCAACAGGCGGUGGUGCAGCAGCAGGCGGCGGUAGUGCAGCAGGCGGCAGUCCAACAGGCGGUGGUGCCCCAGCCACAGCAGGCGCAGCCCAACACCAAUGGCAAUUCCGGAUCGGGUGCCCAAAAUGGCAGCAACGGCAGCACGGAGACGCGCACAAAUCUCAUUGUCAACUACUUGCCGCAAACGAUGACCGAGGACGAGAUCCGCUCGCUCUUCUCCAGCGUCGGCGAGAUUGAGUCGGUGAAGCUGAUACGCGACAAGUCGCAGGUCUACAUCGAUCCCCUCAAUCCGCAGGCGCCCAGCAAGGGCCAGAGUCUGGGCUACGGCUUCGUCAACUAUGUCCGGCCGCAGGAUGCCGAGCAGGCGGUCAAUGUGCUGAAUGGUCUGCGGCUGCAGAACAAGACCAUCAAGGUGUCGUUCGCUCGUCCCUCGUCGGAUGCCAUCAAGGGGGCCAAUCUGUAUGUAUCGGGGCUACCGAAGACGAUGACCCAGCAGGAACUGGAGGCCAUCUUUGCCCCCUUCGGAGCCAUAAUCACGUCGCGCAUUCUGCAGAAUGCCGGCAACGAUACGCAGACCAAGGGCGUGGGCUUCAUACGGUUCGAUAAGCGGGAGGAGGCCACCAGGGCCAUAAUUGCCCUGAACGGCACAACGCCAUCCAGCUGCACGGACCCAAUUGUGGUGAAGUUCUCCAAUACGCCCGGCAGCACCAGCAAGAUCAUUCAGCCGCAGCUGCCCGCUUUCCUCAAUCCCCAGCUGGUGCGACGCAUUGGCGGCGCCAUGCACACCCCGGUGAACAAGGGACUGGCCCGAUUUUCGCCCAUGGCCGGUGACAUGCUGGACGUGAUGCUGCCCAACGGGCUGGGCGCAGCGGCGGCGGCGGCCACAACGCUGGCCAGCGGACCAGGCGGUGCGUAUCCCAUUUUCAUCUACAAUCUGGCGCCCGAAACGGAGGAGGCUGCGCUGUGGCAGCUGUUUGGGCCCUUUGGGGCUGUGCAAUCGGUGAAGAUCGUCAAGGAUCCCACAACGAACCAGUGCAAGGGCUACGGCUUCGUCUCGAUGACCAACUACGAUGAGGCGGCCAUGGCCAUUCGGGCGCUCAACGGCUAUACCAUGGGCAAUCGGGUGCUGCAGGUCAGCUUUAAGACCAACAAGGCCAAGUAAAAAGGCCCGAGUGGAAGUGGAUAGAGAUGUAGCAUCAGCAGCAGCAGCAGCAGCACCCCCAAACCAUUAUCCUGAAUCUAAACAUCCUGACACACACCACACACAACACACAUAUAUAAAUAUGCAUGGUAUAACGGUAACUAAGCGCAACAAAACAGUAUGUGUUAAACACACACGAACAAAAACAAAAGAAAAACAAGAAAGUAUCAGGCAGGAGAAAGUACUCUCUCUCCACAUGACGACACAACGAAACGGCGUGAACCACUUCCCCCCCCCUAAAAAAAAAACACCAACAACCUUUUUAACUACAUAAAUAUCCUGCUCCAAAUCCAAUUCCCCAAAAAACCGCCGGCCAAAAGCGUUGCAAUAGCAAAAUUCUUCUUGUUUAGCAUUUAAGUAACAAAUCAUUAACUAAACGAAACAAACAAAAGAAAGGAGCUGCCUGAAGUAGAGGAGAUUGAGGAAAGUAGAAGCGAAAGCAGAAGAGCAGGGGAGUGAGAAUGAACAAUGAGAUUAUAAGGAAAAAUUGCAAUAUGAACAACACUAUGGCAGCUGUGGAAAGGUCAAAGGUUGCCGCAGUCAAAUUAGUCGCAAAGCAAAACAAAGAAAUCAACCAAACACACAAAAAAAAUGAAACUAUGACAAAUUUAACUUUACUAGCAAAAAAGAAAAUGAGAAAUUUUAAAAAUUUAUUAACCUUAAGUAAAACGCAGCAAUGAAAUCUUCCAAACAAAUGAAAAGAAAUGAAAACAAAAAACAUGAAAUCUGUUAGUUACACUCCAACUUUUUCUACCAUAAAAACUUCAAAACUUGAUACUAAAAAGAGUAAAACAAAAACAGAAUUAAGAAAUUAGAGGAGUUCAGUGUCUAGGAUUUAUACAUGGUGCUCAUGGGACAUCAGUUUGGCUUGAUCGAAGAGGGCGAAAAGGGGCAAAAAGUAUUCGAGGGGCGAUCGAGAGGAUCGAGCAUAUAUAAUAGAUAUGUAUACAUAACAUGGAGGCUGCUACAGUAUUACAAGAAACAUAAAACAAAAGCUACAUACUUAACAAACGAAUGGCAAACACGGGCACGUUUAAUAAUUCUAAAUAUAUAUCCAUAUGUAUAUGCGAUAAUUCUAUAUCUACCUAGAUAUACACUUAAAUAUAGAAAUUUAACGAAUUUUUUUUAUGUUUUGUGUGUUUGUUUUCUACACUUAGAGAACGAAAAACCCGAUUGGAUCAAGCCAAACUUGUGUCCCUUGAGCACAACUACACGCAGUGCAAACUGUAAAAAUAUAUAGAAAACAUAUAGCAUGAUCGAGGGAAAGUUAGCGAACGGAAAACAUAAGUAAUACAAUAAUUUAUGCGCAAAUUUGAAACGUUUUACUAAAGUAAAUAAUUGUUAGUGAAUAUUAAUACUGUAAUUGUGCGCGUGUGCACUCGUGUGGGCGUGCAGGUAUAUAGCUUGCUAUGUACAGGCACUUGCUGGCGUAGGCACACCUUAUACACUUUAUAUAAUGUAUAGUUCAAGGAGCAAGUAAGCAUAAACAAUGGGAAGAUACUUGCUAAACCAAAACAUUUUUAGCGUUUAAACAAAGCGUAGCACAAACAAUUACUAAAACUAAAAAAAAAGUAAAGCAGAAACAACCAUUUUUUAUAUGACAACAGUUUAAAACAAAGUAAAAACCCGCAAAAAACAAAAAGUAAAUGGAAAAUAUGAAUGAGGGGCAUGAACAAAAGCAUUAGCAAGCGAUUUCUCUAGCCAAGUAAGUUGACAAAAAAGGAUAAGGGGAAGGGCUACCUAUAGACGAGGAUAACUCCCAGCACAUCCUACAUAUGUAAUACCCCAUAAACCCCCAUGUCCAAACCCAAAACUUUUGUGCAAUUUUUGCGUUUACUUUAUCAGUUAUCAGUUGAACUUCUAUAUAUUUCUUUGCUUCUUUUGAUUGUUAAAACGAGAGAGUGAGACACACACCAAACACACAUAAAUAUCUACAUAUAUGAUUUCGAUUCUGGAUUCUAUAUUCUAUAUUCCGUAUUUGAAUUAAGUUUUGUUUGAUUUCUUUGUUUGCUUUGUAUACGAAUUGUAUUUGAUAAUAGGCUCCUGCAUCCAGUCCAUAAAACCAGUCAGACCCAACCAUGCAUAUUUAUACGAAUGAUUUGUGUUUAAUUUGUUUAUAAAGUUAACCUAAGAUGACACACCCCAACCGAUUUUGAGUUCUCUCUCCGAAUAGCAUAAAUUCUAAACCUAAGUUUCAACAAGCAUUGAACAGAACCCAAAAAGCGAAAUAGAAAUUGAUUUGACUUUGAAUAUUAUUACGAUACCUAGCGCUAUGUGUAAUCAGAUAUACAUAUAUUACCAUAUUUAUAUAUAUAUAUAUAUAUCUCACUAAAUAUAAUUAUUUUUUUGUAUAACUAUAGGCCAACAAAGAAAUCUUUUUUUUUUGUUUGAACAAAAUUCGCAACAAGAACUCUAGUCAGAAGAUGGAAAAGAAGAAGAUUACGAUGAAGGAGAAAUAAGUUUCGAGGCAGCCGCAUAUAGGGAGGAAAAGUAGAUCAAAACCAAAAGAACUAUGGCAAUUUGUAGGUAAUAACACGAUUACGAUAGAUUGAAGCGGCCUGCUCCCCCCUUUCCAAAGAUUUAGCCCCUCGAAACCCACAAGAGAAGAUGGGAGCAAAGCAAAGGGCAAGCAUCAAGUCAAAAUGGGUAUUACCCCGAUUUGACUUUCUGCUUCUCCGGAUAAAUUUGCAAUACAUUAUAUACAAUCUGCUAGUUUAUUUAUACACCCACAUAGAAACACACUGUAGGACAGGAAAUCAGGAAGGAAAUCCUGUGGAAACGUGGAUUAUGUACUUGAUUUUGUUUAAUUUGUAUUUCUGUCAUCACACACACUCACACACCACACACACACACACACACACACACACAUAUAUGUAUAUGUAUAUUCAAUAUUUAAUUUAAUUAACUAAUCCUUUAAUAUAUAUAUAUAUAUACUUAUAUUUUUUGUCAUCGAUGAUCUAAUUAAUUGUAUUAAUUCUAAUUCUUGUGCAAUAGUUUUAAAAUGCAACUAACGGCAAAACAACAGCAACAAAUUUUCAAGCAUCUCAAACUAUAAAUUACAAAUUAUAAUUUCAUUAAGUGAAGAAAACGAGAAACGAAAAAAAGAAUCUUUUACGAUUAUGUAACUUAAAAGUAUCAUUAUUCUAUAUACCGCAAAACGGGAAGCAAACGCAAGCCACAGCAACUACAAAAAAAUUAACAAAAUAUACAAUUAUUUUUUAAGCGAAUUUGAUAUGUAUUUCUUCGCGUACAUAUAUUUAUAUCUCAUCAUUUUUCUUUACCUAUUUAAGUAAGCGAAGAACCAAGAAAACAAACGGAAUCGAAACAAAAACAUUAUUUAUUGUAUUUUUAUAAUUACGUAAUUUAAUUUAAUUCAAUUUGAAUUCAAUAUUCCUUUGAUUUUGAGCAAAGCGAAGAUGAACAAGAUGAUUAUGAUGAAGAAUUAGUCUAAUUAUACACACAACACAUGAACAGAGAGAGAGAGAAAACGAGUGUCUCUAUAAGAUCGGGAAUCUAUAACAUCCCAACUCUCUCUCCAAAUCCCCAAUCUCCCCUUUUCUCAAUAUCUCUCUAUUUACCCCCUAUGUUUGGUUUAAUUUUAAUUUUGUACCUUGUAUUUUAUUUUGUUUACCAACCAUUUUGAUUUCGUUUCAGCAAAAACCUUUUAUUUUUUAGUUUUAGUUUUAAUUUAUGAUUUUAUGCUAUACCCAUUUGAUUUGUCACAGCGAACAUGAACACAACCCAGCGGUUUUAGUUGAUAUCUUAGCUAUAUACGAUCUGUGUGUAUGUUAACAUGUAAAUCCACGUGAGCUAAACGAUUCCUGUGAAUCCAAUCGAAUGAAUAUUAUGAUUACGUUUAUUAUUAUUUAGUAUGGUUUAUUUCUUUUCUUUGAUUUUGUGUAUUUUGCUUUUUGAUCUAAAUUUGCAACGAAUUAUGUUGGAAAAUUACGAUCCAUUACAAAUUUAUGUUUACUCUUAUGAUUUUAUUUGAUUUCCGCACCAAACAAGUAAAAAAAAAAACACGAAGAAAAAAUUUACUUUCAAUAAAAAAACACUUGAUGAAAAUUUUAGCAUCAUUUUUAUUUAUUUGUUACUUUUUGGUUUUGUUUGUUUUUUAAACUGUAUGAUUUUUCUACCUUCAACUACAUGUUCUCCCAAUCCUGAAACCCCAGGAUUAUCUUCUCUCUCUCUCUCUCUCUUUUUAAACACUUAAAAAAAAACCAGACUGUCAUUGGAAGACAUAGGAAUCGAUCUAGUCAAGGCCCAUCUAUAAAGAUGGUGCCAUCGGAAUCAGUUGAUCUCAGCAAAAAAGACAUUCCCUAUAGUCCAAGUUUUGGUUUAGUACUCGUAACCCCGUGAAAAAAACAAUCCAAAGACAUGCAUUCCAGUUUUUGUUGCUCGGUUUAGAGACUCUGCCAGUUGCGAUAUUAUUUGUGUGCAAACGAGAAUACUUUUAAUUUGUGUAAUGCCAUUAAGUUUAGCGCUUAUGAUUAACGAAUCUCAUAGUUUAGUUUAGCAGAGAAAGUACAGUCACCACUCCCUCGAUUUACGUAAAUGUGGGGACAUGUCGCGACAUGUCCCGUGUAUGAUUUUGAACCUGUAUCUUUGUAUUGCUUAAUUGUGUGUAAUUUUUGUAAUUUUUAGAGCAAAGUUUAUCUAUCAUUUCGAUGGGCAGGGAACAGGAGAAGCUUAACGAUAGCGUUAACGAUUACACAAAUGAUAACGUUAAUAAUCAUUGACAACCACAAGGAUAUAUAUACCUUUCUAUAUAUAUUAUUAUUAUGAUUAAAAUGAUGACGACGGCGGCGAGAAGGAGGAAACUAUUUAAUUUAUUUUAUUAAAAUAUUUAUAUCGAUUAAUUAAUUAAUUAAUAAUAUUUAUCACACAUUUCAAAUGAUAUUUCAAAAUGGAAAACAAUACAAAACAAAAAAAAAACGAAUACAAGCAAAUGAGAAAAAAGAUAUUAAUAUUAUAAAUGUAUUUCAAAAUAUAUGAUUAUGAGUUUUUCUUGCUUUUUGCAUAUAUAUGUAUAUCUCUCUAUAUAGUAUAUAUCAGAACACACCGAACUUUUGUUUCAAGAUUGAGUUGGAUUUUGGUUACCUUUACCUUCUGUUCGUUUUCAGAUAUGGUUCUUGAUUUUUAGAAUUUCAAUUCAGACUAUGUUGGAAGUACUUUCGGAGUUAUGAUUGAGUUGAAAUGUAUUGCUUUCUCGUUGGAACGUUACAAUUUGGGUUCUCCUUACGUUUUCUCUAUUUGUCAUUUUUCAUCUUAGACGGAUUUCACUUUGGUUUUUGGUUCCUUUCUAUCAGUAUAUAUAUAUAUUUUUACAGUGUAUCUCACACUAACACACAGCUACACAACACACUCUCUAUUUCUAUUUCCAAAAUUGAUUUCAGUUUGUUGUGUGCCCCCUCUCGAAAAGAGUAUGCUCUUUGUUUGCUCUUAUGAUUUCGCUCAGUGUAUUUUGAACGUACGCUUCUUUGGUCCCAGUGUAUUAAUCCAGCUGAGAAGGAUGAUUUAACGAGAUGAUGAUGUGGAGGGCCUUACUUUGAAAGGAAGACAAUCCGAUUCGAUUUUGACAUUUGAGUUGAUUCCCCUUUCGUUCCUUUCGUUGUGGGCCGACUAUAUAUAUAUAUAAAUACAUAUAUUCCCGAUCGAUCCGUAGCCGAUUUUCGUUUCCGGAUUUCCGAUUUUCAGUUCGUUGUUGCAGUUGUUAUAUAUUGUUGUAUUGUUCGUAUACCUCACUCACUUUUAUUGUUUCGUGUGAUUUUUCGGUAAGUAAUCAGAAAGAUAGCGCAUCGGAGAUCGGACCGAUCUGGCGCCGAUCUGUACUAUUUUUGGCACACAUUUUUUCCCAAUAAACAUUUUGUCAGCAAAACUGAUGAUUUCUCUAAAUGGUUUCUUUCUCUUUUUAUUAAUCUAUUUGUAGCAAAAUAAAAAAAAAAAA